AUGGACGCCCACGCCCUCCUCACAUCCCAAGGCUGGCGCGGAACAGGCCACUCCCUCCACCCUACCACCGACACCACCGGUCUCCGACGCCCCCUCCUCGUCUCGCGCAAAGACAACACGCUCGGCGUAGGCAAGAAAGCGCACCGAACGAGCGACAUGUGGUGGCUGAACGCGUUUGAUAGUAGUUUGAAGGGGCUGGAUACGUCGACGCAGGGGAUGGUCGUACAGACGGUUACGAGUGGUGGGUUGGAUAUGGUUAAGAGGGGGGGUUCGAAGUUUGUGGGGAAGGGGGGAUUGUAUGCGAGUUUUGUUAGGGGGGAGGGGUUGACGGGGACGAUUGAGAAGCAGGUUGAUUCGAAUAUUUCGAGCGAUAUAGAGACGGACACAAAACCCGAGAGAAGGAAAAAGAGUGAGCGAGAAGGGAAGGAAACGAAGGAGGAGCGGAGGAAGAGGAAGGAAUUGAAGAGAGCUGCGCGGAGAUCAGUUGCUGUUAAGGAAUCAUCAACAGAAUUGGAGGGAGAUAUAAAGCAGUCGGAAACCAAAGAAGAGCGAAGGGAAAGAAGACGACAGAAGAAACUCGCCAAAGAGGCUGAGAAGAAUUACAUCGAAGUCUCCUCCAGGAAAGCCGAAAAGCAGAAACGAAAAGAGCUGAAAGCGAAGCGCAAGGAUAAAAGUAAAAAGUCUUGA